AUGGUUUUCUUAGUCGGUUUGUUGGUCCAGUCAACUAGUCCUAUAGCCAGUUUAUUUAUCAGUCUACAUCAUAAUGUCAGUGGAGUGGAACCAAGCUGGGAUUCGCCUAAAGGGGAACUAUUCUUUUAUGAAGCUGGUUGGAAAGAUGUUUGUGCUGUUUUCUUCUAUUCACUUGUGUGCAUUGUGAUGCAUGCUCUUUGGCAAGAGUACUUCUUAGACAAAAUAUCAAAGAAGUUUCAUCUGUCUAAAUCAAGACUGAGUGCUCUCAAUGAGUCUGGCCAAUUGGUUUUAUUUCACCUUGUGACAUUUUUGUGGGGUGGAGAUGCCAUUCUUCGUGAAGGAUUUAUCUUCAAUAUUUCACGUUUGUGGGAUGGUUAUCCAAACCACACAAUGAGCUUUCUGCUAAAACUAUGGUGGGUAGUUCAAGCUGCAUAUUGGCUGCAUACCAUUCCUGAGUUGUACUUCCAAAGGAUUAAGAAAGACGAGUGGGCUGGUCGCAUAAAAUAUGCUACUGCUGCAUUUGCAUUUGUAGCUGUGGCCUAUGUAUUCAAGUUCCAGCGUGUAGGCGUCUGCCUCGUGGUUCUUCAUUCACUGGCUGAAUUUGUUGCCCACUGUUACCGUCUCAACACAAUCUUGAGAGGAGAGCGUGAAGAUUACUUAAGCAAAUUUUUAAGUCUUGUCAAUGGCACAGUGUUUGUCAUUGUACGGUUAUGCUCAUUGGUGCUUGGUGUACUCACUUUCUACUAUGGACUAGCAGGGGCCGCUCCAUUGUUGUUGCGUGUUGGAGCCCUUUCAGUAUUGGUGUCAUUCCAAGUCUUCUUGAUGUUCAAUUUUAUAACUGAGGCAAUUAAACAAAGGCAAGAAGCUCGUCAGCUAGCUUUGGCAAAGCCAAAGAAGGAAAAAAAAGAAAAACCUAAGAAAGAAAAAGUUAAAAAGGCACAAAAUGAUGAUUCCGACUUACCGGAAGUGGAUCAGAACACCAACAAGACUUUAAGACAGCGACAAGCAGCAGCAAAGGCAAAGUGA